AUGACUUUUAAAACACGAGAAUUAUCUGUACUAUCUGAAGAGUAUACAAGCAGAAGAAGAACUCAGAUGCUGAGGUUUUUGGGAGCGACUACAUUCACCUUAAUAUCGUUUCGAUAUUUUAAAAAAGCACUAAUAUCUCGUCAAUAUCGCCCUAAUAUGUUUCAACUAAACAAUCGACCUCCACCAGUAGCUGCGCAAAAUGAAGCAAUGGCAGCGUUAACCAUUGCAACAAGUAUUACAAUCAGUUUAUUCUCCAUGGCAAUCACUGGCUCAUGUUGGAUUUACGACAUUUCAAGUGUACAAGAGUUAAGAUACGCUUUACGCAAUACUUUAGUUCCAAGUUCGGAGGAAGCUUCGAAUGAUAACAUGGAUCAAGAAACCUCAGAUGCAAUUGAACAACUAAAACUCGCAUUCAGCAAGAAAUAA